AUGUCGUCCUUGUACUCUGGUGACCAUGGGGAAACAGGUGGAGGCAGCGCCAGGGCAAGCACCAUAUCGAUCGGUCAGGCUAUGCAGCGGACAUGGGAAUGGAUGGCGGCUUAUCAGACGGGAUCCGGUGACUUGACCACAUCGACCUCAGAUUCGUCUUUGAGAAAUCCAGACGAUGAUCUGGAUCUCGAUUCCCUGUUCAGACGUCUAGACAGGUACACAGCCGAGAUGCGGGAAGUCGAGGAUCGUCUCAAACGAGCGAGAAGCGUUUCUGAGAGAUCCGAAGGUAUCAUUGCCAAGCGAUUCUCCUUUGAAGACACCUCGCUGGAGAUGACCGAACCUUUGCCGGCAUUGAGGUGGCCGCCAGACUCACAUCCUCCCAAAGCGUGGAGACCAAGGCAAAUCCCAAGUAUUGCGACUUCUUCCGAGCAGUCCAUACCAGCUCCCUUUGCCCACCCAGAGCAUCGGAGCUCCUUACGCACGGAAAGCCUGCCACCUGAUGCAGAGGAAAUAGAACAGGAUUCACCGGCACCACUGAUUGGAAAUUGGAAGCAAUGGGCAGAGCAGCAGUUCUUGCCCACAAAACUAGCCCCCACGCGUGCCAGCAGUAGAUACUCGGAGACGAGAGAAUCAUACUCUGAACACUCGCGCCAACGAUUUAUCUGGCGGCGGCAAUCGCCCUCCCCUCCUGGGGAAGCAAGUCAUCACGAAUCAAGUUCCGAGAUGAGCCACCUCUUGGCCCAAAUCCCUGAAUAUCUCACAGACGACCAUUGCGACUACCAUCAAUUCGACUUCUCCGAGGAUGACGAACUCAGUCCAGUAAUCCCGAGAUCUUGGACGUUACCGCCCAGAACUUCAAGUAUGAAACAGCCGAAUAAGGAAGCGUGCCGAGAAUCAGCAAACGCCCAUCUCAGACCGAUGCCACGUAGGAGGAUGACAACUAGUGACGCAAGGCCUGCGAUAAGGAAUGGCGGAGUCUGGUCCGGUGAGGCUGCUGAGCUCUUCAUCCAAGGCGAGGAACCGUCUCUUCCUGGGUUAUCUCAAUCCACGUCCAACGCAACCUUGAACUCGAACCCUCCUUUGACGCCUUUGACGCUAAGUGAUCCCAGAGAAGACCAAUUACGUCGGGAGAUGGAAAGUUUUGCCAUCCAGGAUGGACCAGGAACACUCGAAUACCGAUACCAGAAGCGUAGGCCUCCUCUCCUGAAUUUGCUCGAUUCGGACGAGGAAGACUAUCAGCAGUCGGUAUCCUCCACUGCGGAGCUGGACAACUCAAGCUUGCUCGACAUGAGUGAGGAGCGCAGCGUCAGACCCCGGCGGCGACGCAGGAGCCUUUUCAAUAUUUUUCAGAGGAGGUCGCCUGUGGAAAAGCUGAUUGAUAUGUAUUUCGAAGACGAGCCGGGAGAAAAGGAUACUUCCAGAAAAGGAUCCCCUGUUCGAGAAAAGGUGCCGAAAAGCCCCGCAACACCACCCCUUUCUCUGGCCAUCCUCGGAAAGCAGAUGUCGUUCUAG